AUGUGCCGGGUUCUGAACAUCUUAUUGGCUCUUCUGAGUCGCUUCCUGUUUGCGGUGCAUGGCGUCCUGACAGUGUGGCGUGUAGUGGAGGUGACUGGCGAGCCCUCCUAUUGGCUGCUGCUGAUGGGUGUGACGCUGCUGGGGGUGGAGAUGGCCAUCACUAUCAAAUACACACGCAAUGCUGAAUGGAAAUGGUUCUCACCUAUGGUGUUUCUAUAUCUGAGCACUGUGAUUCCCUCGGUCUGGUUCCUGGAACUGAACCUCCUACAGUCCAAUCUGCUCAUCAACUCGAGUACAAACUCUGACCCGCAAUUCUUCUCCCAGAUCCCUCUAACAAUGGGGUUGGCGGAACUUGAUCCUGAGAACUGGGUGGAGGCUCUGGAGCAGACCAUGUUGAUCGUCUUGGUUCUGGGCCGCUGGCUGAUGCCGAAGGGUGACAUGUCACGUGACCAGCUAUCUCAGCUCCUCAUGGUUUAUGUGGGCCUUGGAGCUGAUAUCCUGGACAUCUUUGACACGUUUAAGGAGCCACAAGUGAAAACCAAGCAGGCUGUGAUCAUUGUUGGGCUAAGUUUGUUCUCCUGGGCCUUGAUGCAGUUUCCUCUUGUUCUUACCCAAACCAGCCAUUCCAAAUUCCAAAAGGAAGGUCAGUCAGAGGCUGCAAAGCCUGGGCGAGCUGGCUGGACUGUUUCCUGCUGCUCUAGUGAAGUCUGGAGCCUUCUGCUAACGGUGGGUCUGCAGGAUGGACCAUUCCUGAUUUCCCGUCUGUACCUCAUGAUACGUGAGAAUGUUCUGAACCAGCUGAUGAUCUUCUUCACAUGCAAGAACAUCCUCAUUGUUUUGCUGGAGGUCUACAGGAUCUGUGUUGUCCACAUUGAGCAGAGCAAUCCAGGGGGCAGAACUGAGUCAUGUGACCUGUCUCAUGGACACUCGGAAUGGACUGAUGAAGAGGCUAUUGAAUCCAGCUGUCAAGAAUAG